AUGCCUUGGCCGAUCACGGCGAACGCCUCCACAGCCCUGCCAUCGCUCCUCUCGAGUGUGCCGCAGCUCGAGCCCGCAUUGCGCCUGCUCCGGCGCGAGGAUCACGGCGCAAGCGGUACAUUCAUCAGCAACGGGCAGAGCACGACGGCUGAGCACGUCAGCGUCUGCACCAUGUCUCGCACAGAGCGCUGCGACCUGUCGGGCAUGGCUCCCGACUCACCCUGGCUGGUUCGUCCGGGUGGCAAGACGCGGUGCAUCUUCACGACCACCACGCCCUACCAGUUUGAGGUGAUUCGCGGCGACCGCGACAAGCUCCUCCUAUUCUUCCAAGGCGGCGGCGCCUGCUGGGACGAGCCCUCGACCAGCUUUCCCGCGUGCAGCACCGGCGCCUUCCCGCAGGGGACACGGGGCGGCGUCUUUGACCGCGCCAACCCCGACAACCCUUUCCGCGCGUACACGAUUGCGCACGUCCUAUACUGCGACGGCAGCGUCUUUGGCGGCAACGUGACGCGCCAGUACCGCGACCCGUCGGGCUCUCCUGUGCGGCAGGCGGGCUACGAGAAUGCGAGGAGCGUGCUCGACUGGGUGUACGGGCAGCAGGCGGCGGCGGGUACGCUCGCCUCGCCGCUCGCGUCGCUCGUCGUGUCGGGCUGCUCCGCCGGCUCGAUUGGAGCGCAGAUCUGGGCCGACCACGCGCUCAACCGGCUGCCGCACGUCGCUGCGGCGGUCGUCCCCGACUCGUACGCGGGCGUGCCCUCUCCUCGAGCGGGGGGGGGGGGGCACGGGAGUCGCGUCUUCCCAUCGAGCGGCGAGGGCACGCUCAUCGCGGAGCUCGGCUUUUGCUCGUCGCCGCUGCUCGCGCCGCUGCCGGCGCACCUUCGCGAGGCCUGCCUCGCGCGAACCCUCUCGCUGCACGCGGUGACCGCCGCCGUGACGGCGCGCUACGGCGCGGUCGCCUUUGCGCACGUCCAGUCCAAGACGGACGACGUGCAGCAGGCCUUCAACGUCGCGCUCUCCGCCGCGCGCAGCAUCGAGCCGUCGGGCUGCUUCGACGCCGAGACGUGCUUCACGGGGCCGGACCGGCUCUACGCGGCGACCAACGACUACUUCGAGCUCUACAACGCGGCGCCGAACCACGUCCACUUUUUCGUGCAGUCGUCGGAGCACUGCUACCUGCCAAACGACCUGGUCUACACUGCCGACCCGUCCGGGGCCUCGGGCGGCGGAGGAGGGGGCGGGGGCGGAGGGCCGAGGCUCGUGGAGUGGCUUGGCAGGCUGCCGCUGCGGCCGGGCUCGAAUGCGAGCAUCGAGACGCGCUGCGAGGGCGCCGAGCGCGCGAGGGUGCGGUGGUGGGUGCCGGGGGCGCGCUACUGCGACGCGAGGCUGGCAAGCAAGACGUUUGUGGCGCCCGGGACGGUGGUGGCUGGUGGAGGGCGGAGGGACGGCUCGGGGGCGAGCGGUAGGCGGAGGGACGGCGGAGAGGGGGUGGGAGAUGCGGCGACACGGUCUGACCGUUGA